UGAUGGUCACUUAGCUGCAGUUGGUCGUGAUGAUGAUGAAUGAGAUACGACUUAAGCGGCGAGUCGUUACAUGCUUGUGUAAUAGUGUUGUCUGCAUGCAACGCCCCGCGUAUGGAUAGCGGUGGCUAACGGAAGUGCGUUUCAUCUUCUACUGCAUUUCAGGUUUGGCGUUUACGACCCAUCGCGGCUCAACACCUCGACUGCGGAAGGCUACAAUCCUGGCUGUUGAUCCUUAAUAAGAAAAUUGAUUGACAGCAGGAUUUAUACCGAAGAUAUUUUUUCGAGAAGUUAAACAUCAGCGAACUCUUCCCCCUCCUCCUCCGAGAGUUGUCGGAAAAAUUAAGCACAAAUUUAGGUACGGAUGAAUCUGUCUCGGUUAACCCCCGGUUCUCUUCUGUUUCUAUCCUCGUUUCGUCAAGUCGGAGUCUGUAUCGCAGCGUCGCGUGAUUCGUCCAUCAAACGAAUAGACGACGAGCCUGUCCCGCGACAAGCUCGCUCGUAUCAACGGAUGGCGAAAAUCCGGCGACAUGCCGCCCAGCCAGCCAGUGUGGCUUAGCUCUAUGCUGGGCCUAUUUUAAGCCUCUUCACAAUAAUUGCCCGUUCGUUCGAUCGUUGGUUGUUUGCUAGAAAAGUGAGGUUGUGGGGAAUACAAUCGUUGCCACGUCGGUCUGUUUCGCUGGUGAUAAAUAAUGAAAUCAGCUGACAUCUAGUAACGCCGUAUUAUCGUUAUACAGGUGUUACCAAUGGUACAUCGCCAUGUUUUUGUCAUCGACCCCCUAGUCCUCAGUUCAAACCAGCAAAGCGAGAACCCGCUAGCCAUUAGCAGCAGCAGCAGUAGCAGCAGCAGCAGCAGCAUCAUCGUUAAAAUUAUGUCUGCCGAUCUACUUGUGCUGCUGCCGCUGCUCAAGGCGGUAGUAGCAUCUACCGCAACUGCUGCAAGCAACCACAUCGGACAACCUGCCGAACCUUAGGAAAAGGCACAGGCAGUCAGAAAGCGAAGAUUCAUCGUCUUCAAUCUUUGCGCUGCUCAGGGAGCCGCAAUCACGGCCCACGCAAUACUCAAUGGAUAAUGUUCAUAUGGAUGGAUGUUUAUACAUGAGUGAAUUUUUGUCGCGCUUACCCCUAUCAACCUUCUGCCCUCCCCUUUAGCUUCGUUUGGAACAGUGUUUCUACUAUUGCCCUGUUAAUUUCAGUUGUUGUUGUUGUUGUUGAUGAUAUUGAACGCUGUGAUUGUCUUUUCGGAAACGUGUGUGCUGCCGUCGCCGAGAGGAUGACUGCAGUUUUCAAUACUGCUGUACUCAAUACUCGCUGCUGUUUGCUAUAAUAGGCCGGCCGUUCGUUGCUAUGGUGAGAUGAUGGCGACGUAAAAAACACGGCAAAGUCACUUCUUCCCAUACCGUAUGGUUGAUUAGUCGUUUACAACUGUGCCAUUGCUGAUCUUCAUGUUGUUGCUGUCGAUUAGCCACGGAUUAUCAGUAUUAAUACUAUUACUACUCGGUCAUUGUGUCACGUAUGUCAACAGAAACUGUAAUUCUCUCCCAUUCCCUCUUCUGUAAAUGCAAUUACAAAAAAAAUCGCUUCAAUGAUGGGGCACAAAUAGCGACAGUAAAGCUGCCGAAGACGACGUUGUGUUCAAAGGAAAACUUGUGGCACUAACUGCGUAAAAAUGUACGGUAACCUAUUGCUCAUAUAAUAUAUUGAAAUGCAGCUAUGGCAUCGAGUUUUAUCCGUAUUGAUUUAUGUACAGGUGGUUUUAUUAAGAAAAUUUUACAUAGAGAUGUACUCUCAAUUAAAAAAAGGGGAACAACAAACAAUUCGAAUUGCAUAGAAUUGCCAAGCUGCUUAGUAUGCGGAAUGAUAACAACAGGUGAAAUGCUGUUUCUGCUGCUGUGGCCCAUAUUGUUUCUUCAUAUAUAAUAGCCGCUAAUCGAGCCUAUACCUAAAUAGGUCGUCCCAAGUGGUUCAAUCGUUAAAUUGCACGCUACGAACUUUGAGCGUGAAAACACGGAUGUGACUGUCUCGGUGAGUGUGGUAAUACGUUCAUCUCAGCAGUGCAUUUUCAUCGAUUUAUUCUAGUUACAUCUAACAACUUAAACCUGCUCUUUUAAGUCGGCAUAUUGGAAAAAAAAUAGACAUCAACGAAUACAAAAAUGCCAGGUAUAUUUAACGCGUUGGUUACCUUUUUUUGCGUAGCAAAGAGCAACGUCAUUAAAAUUUUCGUGAGAUUCUUAUGUAUGGCAAGCAGCACAGACAGACCGCUACACCGUGUUGGGCUGUUUCGCCUGGCUCCCCUUCCAUCCUUUCUGCAGUUUUUUUUUUUAACUUUCGAUCAUUAUUAUCAAAGCUACGCGGCUGGCAACGCGCUAUUGGUGCACGUGCGACUACUCCCUGUCAGUUUAGCUGGCGGGGUGGAUGGAUGGCUGAGGCUUAGUCCUUUCAAUCGUGUGGCUGUCGUUGGUUCUCGUGUAGAACCGCGGUAUAUUCGUGGUGGUGGGGUAGGUUCUGGGUGAUAUCGCCGCCUGGCUGCGACCCUGGUAUGUUUGCUCGCUUGUUCGCCUGCUGGCUUGCCUGGGUGCCUGCCUGCCUGCCUAUCUGGCUGGGCGGCAUGCUGUAGCCAUAGUUUCAGAAGCAGCGCCAGCAAGAACAGCCAUAAGCCGAGAUGACAUGUAGCAAUUGGUGCGCAUGCGCGGCCACAAACACGCAACUCGGCCAUCGACAUUGUGCGCCUGUGUGUGUGAGUGUGUCUGUGUGUGUGUGUGUGCGUGCGUGCGCGCGUGUGUCUGCAGCACAGACGAAAGCUGCAUAGAACAGAAGCCAACGAAGUGAGGCCAGGCGGCGCUGUUUGGCCCUGUGCGCUUGUGGUAGAGCUGCUGCUACUGCCACCGACUACGGCUUUACAACGCGAGCACUACGCACGUUAUGGCUGACGCAGUGGCCGCGGCCGCCACCGCAGCUAUUGCCAAUCAUCUCCGAGGCAAAAGCCAUCUUGGCUGUUAGAUGGCCGUCUAUUCGAUUGUCGUUGUGUGGCUAUGAAGUAUUUGUUGGGCAGGGCUUUGUUGGACGUUUAGCCAAGGGCCAGUGCCUGUCGGGCUCCUCUAUAUAGGUUGGGUUUGCAGUGGCGUCGUUUAGCCAGGCGAACCGCCUUUACAUCCUCACAGUUGGUAGGUUCUUAUGGCUCGGGAUUGUUGCGCGCUAUAGAGAAAAUAGUUGGAACGAAACAAGAUCAUGACGAUCGCCAUCCUGUAGUGUUCAUGUUAAGCCUAGGCGAUAGUUUCUCACAGGAGGACAAAUAGUAAUAUGGCGUUACGUCAUUUAUGGACCGACCCCGAUUAAAAACGGGAUCUAAAGAAAGACAGUGGAACACAAAUUGAGAUGUCUUUGCUGAUGUGGAGAAAAUGAUAGUGGUUAAGCGUAGCUUUAGUGCAAUAGAACGGAAAAUUGUAAGUAAAGUUUAGAGCAGUGUAAACUGCGAACAUAAGCGGGACCGGACUUUUCUUACAUUAACCAGAGUUAAUCACUCUUGAUUACUUUUGUUUCUGUGUAUAUAUAUAUAUAUAUAUAUAUAUAUAUAUAUAUUUGUAUAUAUAUAUAUAUAUAUACAAAUAUAUCUAUUGAGAAGGUUCACCCUCCCCCUCUAUCCCUUCACAUAAUCCUGUACCCGUUGUUCUCUGGUGGAGAGCAACGAAUAUAUAAUCUAUCUUGUAGUAGAUCCCGGUGGCGCUGCUGUCAUGAAGCAACGAACAGACAAAGAGUAGUUUCUUUGUUGGGGAAUACUGUACCUGCUGUAUCGACCUGGGGUAUUUAUAAAGUCCUCGAGGGAGCUCCGCCAGCUCAUGUGACUUCGUUUUCGUCGCCAACAGGUUCCUGCACCUCACUGGAGUUCUGGAGCAGCUUGUUUAGUAUUAUUUUGGUAUUAAGUGUCAUUGGGAUGGUGAUGAUGCACACCGGCGAGUAUGAACAGAAUGCAUCAGCGCAAACGAUUGUCUCAGUUGCAUUGAAGAAUCUUCUGUUUAGUUGGGACGCUGGCUGACGUUUUGAUUGUCGGGAAAUUGAUUCGCUGGUAAGCAUGCGCACGUCUGUUAGAGGCUAUGCUGAUCGACUAAAAGUAGUUGUUUCUACAUAUUUCAAAGAAGUGCGAUAUGAUGACACACGGCCAGUACAUUCGCUUACCUUCUCGCGACGCUGAUCGCGCGUAUGCGUCAAGUAAGGUGUACUAUUCCCUUGCCCAAAAUGUUUGAUAAUGGGUGCUAAUGUUAAUCGCAGUUUAAACAACAACGAGAAUAACAACGAAAUAUGCCGACCUGCAACGAAUACUGGGGAAAAAUCGCAGGAAAAAGUCACACAAACAAAUCGGAGUUUAAAAGUUACAACGAAGAUGAGAUGAAUGUUGAAGGCGAAGAAGCGUCCAGGAUCUAAAACGUGUGCUCGACCUGCAAGGGGAAAACAGACAAAAACAGACACUACAGAUAAGAGGUUGAUAUUUGUCCUUUCCAACAAAGUCCGAAGUUGUUCUAGCAUAGACUUAACAAAGUCAGAGCACACAGAUCGGUGCGUUGCUGAACGUUUGUCCUGUCGUAUUCAUUGCUUGUUGAUAGUUCAGAAGUUCUAUCAUCAUUCAUGAAACUGAAGGCUGGCGACGGCGGCUGAAUCUUCGCUUAAUGCUGUUAAGCAAAUAACCGCUUCUUGCCAACUCGGUGACACAGCGAACAGUUCACAGCAUCCCGUUCUGAGCGUACAGCAAGAAUACUUGUAAUGCUAAGUUCGUAGGACUUUGUAUUGGAUUGAAUCCUCUUAUUUGCGCGUUUUUUCACCACGUCUGUCGUUAUUGGGAUACAACGAUAUCAAGAAGCGUUGCUCAAGAGGCAAAGGAAUAUGAGGCUAGUUGGCUCUUGAAAUUCUGAGCACGGCGUUAGAAGGAAGAAAGACGGAAAUAGAACGUCUUCGUUCUGUUCAUAGGAUACAUUCAACAGAAGCUUCAGUCUCAAUGCAAUGGCGCCUAUCGAUCCAGCACAAUUGCUGAAGGCUCUUUCGCCACUUCUUUCAACAGACGGUGGCAUCAAAGAUGCUACCGAAGUGCAAAGGCUAUCUAGUUUAAUGAAACGUUUCUCACGCAAAUUGGUAAGCCGCUGUAUCUAUUGUUGCGUGCUAAGGGCAACCGCUCCAGAGAUUCUUGAAAUAUAUUUGGAGCGUGAUGGUUGGGACACUCUAUUGCUCUGGAUCGGAGAGGCCAAAGAUAACCCCAGUUUUCUCAAGGAACUUGUUGCGCUCCUCGACAAACUUCCUAUGACUGUCGAAAGGCUAAAAGCAAAUAAUAUUGCCAAAAUUGUAAAGGGCUUGGGUAAACAUGAAGAUCCGCUGUUGGCUCAGCAGGCAGAAGCCCUCGUGGGCAAAUGGAUGAAGCUCAUCAAGUCGAGUCCCGAAGAAAAAGAAGCGAAAGAUAAUAAGGAGCGCGAAAAAGAGUUGAAAGAUAAAGACCGCGAAAAGCGGAAAGAACGUAAAGACCGUGAAAAAGAUCGAGGUGAUAAGGAAAAAAGCCGUCGGCACGAUGAUGAUAAAAAGAAGGAUGAUAAGGACCGUCAUAAGUCGUCGUCGUCAUCUUCUCAUAAAUCUUCAUCCAGAUCGGAUAAAGACAAGGACCGGGACCGCGACCGCAAAGAUCGUAGUUAUAAAGAACGUGAUAGGUCUAGGGGAGAAAAGGACAGUAGCAAAGACAAGGACAGAAGCAGCAAUCGACGGGACAAGGACGGGAAGGGUGAAAAACGUAAGGAAGCAGACGAUAGAGAAGAUAAGGAUCACAAGAAACUCAAGGCUACAACGGAAAACUCAGAUCCAUCCCUCAACCAGAAACCUUCCGUCGAAAUGGAAGAUCUAAGUGACGUGGUCCCACCUCGACCACCAACUCCGCCGGAAGUCCGAAAGCCAAAGACGGAACGACCAAAGACCGUCAAGGAGUUUGGGUCCAAGCUACGGUUAACAUCAUUUCUCGAGGACGAUAACGCUCCGUCUUUAAAAAAGAAGGUAACAAAACCUUUAACAGGAGGUCCUUCGUCUAUUAUUAGCAAGCCGUCAGUCCCUGCAGUAUCCCGAAUGCGUAACCUCUCUGGUCCAAGCGGGGUUCGCGCCUCGCUCAUGAGCGCUCACAUGAAUCAAACCGAGCAAAUGGUUGGCAACAUCAAACUGAUUGCUCCUAAGGCCUCACAUCUGAUUAUGGAAAACGAAGGCUUUAUGAACGCCCUAAAUGCAUCCAACCACGCCGAAAAGCCGGGCCAAAUUAAAAAGAAGAAAAAGAUUGGCAGCGAUAAAAAGGCAAUGGAUGGCGUCAGACGCGAGAACAGCAAGGACGAGAGUGGUGAAGAAGGUCCAGCAGGGGAUUGUGAAUUCAACAAGGAUAUUCAGCCUGUGGAGGUAUUGAAAGCUGAGCCUGACACUGAAGUAAAAGGGAGUGGUGAAGCCGACCCGAUGGAAGGUGUCAAAGAAGAAAGUGCAGCGACCUCCAUUAGUGCACCGCCAAAAUUAUCCUUCUACAAAGAUACACUGGAGGAAAGGACUGACGAUGAGAAGACACCUCUUAGAAGAAGCCUCAGAAAUAGACCGCGGAAGACAAUGACCAAGCAGGACAAUGAUGACGAUGAGACGAACGGAAAAGACAAACUGACUACUCAGGAUGUGAAGGUCGAGCGUACGGAAGAUGAGGCUUCUCAGGAGUCAACAUCCUCGAGUUCACAAGAGACGAGCAGUUCGGCACCUACAGAAAGUGCUGCAAAUGAGGUAAAAGUUGACGAAUCUGCUGAAACUGAGGAAGAAGGAAUACCAGUUAUCCUGCAAACUCUCCCAGAACCUUCCAGCAAUACCUCAGGAGUAAAGUCUAUUUUAACCAUUGUGACUAACAAGAAUAAGGUCAAGAAAAGUGUCCGAUGGAAAGAGGAAAGCGACCUAAAGACCUUCUACUAUUUUGAGAACGACCCUAAUGAGAGAAUAAACGUCAAUAAUGCUAAUCAUAUGGCUAUGCAGCAAGGACAGAUGGGUCAGAUGGGAAUGGAUAUUAAGAUGAUUGAGAUGCGUAUGGAAAGGGAGCGACUUCGUGCACCUAACGACCGCAUGGAAGAGCAGCAGGCGUGGAGGAUGCCCCCAUUGAUCGAUAUUCCACCGGAGAGGGCUCCUUCACUUCGGCCAGAAGACAUAGGACGCGGGUCAAAAAUGCGCCACAUAGAAGCCGCACGUCAGGCAAGCGUUCUCGAGGUCAUUUAUUUCAGUCGACAUAUGGUACCCGACUCUGCCGUCGAGCCGGAACCCGAAAACCGAAGGCCAAAUGAUUCUGUUGAUGUGAAAGUCAUUCCUCUGGAGGACAUUGAAGCUGUUCCACCGGAAGAAAAUGCGUGGCCAGAGCAACAGCAACAGCAGCAGCAGCAGCAGCAGCAGCAACAACAGAAUUCCAAUCCUGUACCGGGAGAGCUGCCUGCAGCGCUUACAAAUCUCUUUGCUAACAUAGGAAAUCCAACUGGAGAAGCACCACCUUUGUCGAUGCCGAAGAUGCCACCUGAAAUACCAAUAAUACCCCAGGGACCGCCGGAGCACUUCCCAAUGGGACCAGCGCCACCUAUGGGUGGACCUCCAAUGGGUGGACAUCCCGAUAUGCCCAUGCCAGGACACCUUGGACCACCUUUUAUGCCACCACCUAACGGAGGUCCCCACGGACCACUACCAAUGGUACCUAUCAUUCCUGAUCAGGAAUCUGGUGGCCACUGGGGUCCAAUGCAGUCAGGUCCAGGCCCUGUGCCAGGCCCGGAUAUGCUCCAUCACCAGGGCCCACCCGGGGGCCCUGGUCCGCAUCAGGGCCACGGGGGAGCUGGCACCGGAAGUGGAGGCAAUAAUGAACGCAGACAACGAAAUGCUCGGGGUGCCGGAAGAUCCCAAAUUCGGGGCCCUCCGCGCACGCUGUGCAAGUUCUUCAAACAAGGACAUUGUCGCUUCGGUGGAAGCUGUAGCUUUUUGCAUCCCGGUGUCAACGGGCCGGACAUUAGAUAAAGCUUAAUAUUAGGUUAAAAAUGGGGCUCUAAAUCAGCGUGACCAGCAAUGGUAUUCGACCGAUUUCAAAAAUGCUCUGCAGUGACCGCUGGUUGGUUUUCACGAGAUAGUCUGCAGGCGCGGUCGUCACAUUUACUGAGUCCUAUGGCAAACAGCUGGGGACCACGGCACUGUGAUAACGGCAAUGAUCUCAUUGGUACCUUAGGAAGAGACCAACUAACUACGGCAGUCAUAAUUUUCACAUGAGUAUGCGAAGCGUCUACAUGAACUAUGAUUAUUCGCGUUUAUAUAUAAGCAAUAUUUUUUUUUGUACAAUACGGCAGAUAGCUAUCGAUUCGACUUUCAUCUAUUAACGUCAACGUCGGCAAUAUCAUUAACUUAGAACCUCUAUGGUAAGCAACCAACGCCAUUACUUCGUAUAGAGGCCUUUCUACUUCUUGUGUCCAUCACUAUAAUGCCCAUUGACAAUCUUGUUAAUUUUCAUCAUUUAUUGACUAACGUAAUUCCGGAAUUACGAAAAUCGUGAAUAAUUAAUAUUCAAUCUGAUUACGGUAAAUAAUUGAGCACUCAAAUCGAACACAAAUUCAAUCUAUCGCGAAGACUACCAAGUGGUUUCAGUGUCGUUUGUACAUACAAAAGGAAGAGUAUAUGUGCUCAUACAAUAGCUGGCCUACGAGCUCGCUAUAUAGCAACCAAGCCAUCGAAAUCUGUGCUCCAUUCGGAAAAAGAGGUAGAUGCCGUGUUGCCAUUCGGUAUUGGGAUGGCCAGAUAAAAGCACAGACCGGACGACCAGGGAAUGGAUAGAAGUAUGGAGCGCAAAGUUGUGUAGAGAAAUAAGCGAAACGCUAAUCAUUGGCUCUCUGUGUCGCCUAAGGAGAAAUGAAAAUGGUUUAUUGAUUAGACAUUCGAUAUAAAAUUUUCUAAGGAAACUACAGGACAAGUUUCAAACAGAAUGGAUAUUUAUGGUUAUUUUUUGUGUAAAUCGUUAGGGGUCAUCUAGUCAAUGUUGGUGCUCAGAGAUGAUUAGCUUCUGUCUUACUCUGUGUGACAGAUAACGAUGCUUAGUGGUUCAACCCUGGUCGAAAGAAGAGCUUGGUUAUAGCUGAAAGAAGUGUACAGUUUUGCUAUUUUGUUAUUAAGGGAUUUAUUUAAAAUAAAACCUGUAAAUUUAUACGGAAAUACCUCU